AUGUCGACUCAAAUGUCUACCCCUGAACAACAAGAAAAUCUUCAAGAAUUCUCAAAAAUUAUGGCUACUUUACCUUCUGAAGUUUUUGAUGAAAUUUUUAGGCACCUCAAAUUUGAUAAACGUUCUUUGUAUUCAUGUCUCUUGGUAAAUAGAUUUUGGUGUCGAAAGGUCGUUCCCUUGAUUUGGAGACGACCGAUGCCCUAUAAUCAAAAGAAAACUAUUUGUGUUGACAUUGGUGUUUUUAUUCCAUUUUUUGAUGAAAGUGAAGUAGCAUCAUUAAUUAAAGGUGGUAUGACGAUUCCAGAUCAAUCAAGUUCGGAAAUUGGGUCUAUAGUAUCAAAUUAUACAAUACCCGAUAACAUGGAUAUUAAUUCACCUAUAAAUGCCAUGGUCGUUUCUUUAUCAAAAAUGUUUAUGAGGUGUGCUACUAAUCUUAAAUAUUUGAUAUUAAAUCCAUUUGGUGGAUAUCGCGAUAUUCCAGAUAGUAAAAUAUUUAUCGAGGGUCGACCCGGUUUAACAAAUUUGCGUAAAUUUAAAAUCAGAUUUAAUUCUUUAUCCGUUAUUCGACCAGAAUAUCGAAAAAAUAUUUUUGAUCUUAUGAAUACCCUUCCAAAUAUUUGUACUGGAAUUCAUCAUUUAGAUAUAACAAGGGUUAGAGUUUCUAAUCCGGAUGUUGCUCGUAUGGUAGGAGGUGUAAUUAAAUCUCAACAUCAAUUAUUUUAUUGUCGAUUUUUUAGAGUUGAUGGAGAUGUUGAUUCAUUAAUAUCAAUGUUGAGAUUUCAAGCAAAUAAUUUGAUUACCGUAGUAUUUGAUGAUACCGAUUUGGCAGAUGUUUCUCUUGAACCUUUAGCCAGAUGUAUCAAAUUAGAAGCAUUGGUAUUUCGAAAAUGUCGAAAUAUUAAUCUCGAAAAAUGGAAAACUUUAAUCAAUGCUCCUUUUAAACUUAAACUAUUACAUUUAAGUGAUCUUUCGUCAGAUGUUAUAAAAGCGAUCAUAGAAAAGGCGGGUGAUAAUUUGGAGAAAAUUGGAAUGAAAAUUGUUUCUUCAAAUGUUGUUGAAGGAAUCGAAGCGAUUAUGACCAAUUGUCCAAAUGUUACACAUUUAUCAAUAAAUUGCAUACAACCAAAUAUUGAUACAAAAAUUUUUGUCCCUUUAAUGAGUAAACUUAAAUUACUUACACAUCUUACAAUUUCAAUAUGGGAACGAGAUGAAAUCUUGACAGAAUUAUCAAAUGUUAAAUUCGAGAAAUUAAAAUAUUUAGAACUUGCUACAAAUUUUAAUAUCAAAGGUUUAGAAGUAUUCUUGGAGAAAUGUGAUUCACCAUUAACAACAAUAAUUAUGGAAUCAAUUAAUGAAGAAGAUUUGAAUAUGUUUAAGAAAUUCUCAAGAGAAAAAGGAACGUUAAAAUGGUUAGGUGUGGAAUUUACUAAAUCUGGAGAAAUAUCAAUGAGUCAUUACGAUUACUUAAGAAAUAUCUCCAAUUUGGCAGAGGGAUAUUUUCAAGUUUUUCCUGCUAAACAAUUAAGGAAGAACAUUUAA